AUUCACCGGGUUGCAAGGGCUACCCCCGUCGCCUAAUCAUCAAGAAACAUCUCGGGCGUCGGGUUUUGGUUGUUCGUCAAUGCAAAAGAGACCGGGCCUGACAGAGCUAGCUUGACUUACCCUGGCCUGUCCCGCUCUCUCGCGCUCCUCUCGCUGCCUCCCUCUUCCUCUCCGGGGUCGCGACCAGAUGGUUGACCUCUGCAGUUCUGCCCGACACACCCCUCGAGCGAUGUCUCCGGAGACGCCAUGGACUUUUGGUCGCGCCUCAUAGCCAACACCCGCCUGUCGGGAAGCUCCAGCAAGGAUGCUGCCAGGGACCCUAUCCGGCGCCGGCAACGCUUCGAAAAGGAAUACGGCCAGCUACUUCACCUAUGGCGGAAUUGUCCCAACCUCGCCCAGGACGAGGACGCCGCCGAGAACAUCGAGCUUCGUCUCCAGGGCCUCACCAAUAUCCUCGCCGACGAGUCGCGCCGACCACUCCCGCAUCCGUGCAUCUCGUUCUGUUCCACGAAACAAAUCUACAUCCCUAUUGCCAAGAUUGCCAUAUCUUCGUACAACGAGUGGAUCGUCAAGGAGGCCGUCCUAUUCUUCGCUAGUCUCAUCGAGAGCGAGGAGGAGGCUUUCGUGGAGAAGGCCACUUUCUCCACCAGCUUGACCAACUUGCUCGUCCGCAUCACCGGCGCCAACAGCAUCCGCCUCGUGCCCGAUACUGAAGUCAAAGUCGUCGAGUUAGCCUUCAACAUCACCACCAAGAUCCGCCUCGAGCCUGGCAUCCUUUCCGCCUGGUUCAGUUCCGGCCCCGACCACCAUGCCGCUGCCGACGGGAGAGCCAGAGACGAGCAUGAGCGGUUUGCGGGGAAGACGCAGAAGCAGGACUUCCCCCUAUUCUAUAUCUUGAUGGACUACAUCCAUCACGAGGGAAAAGUCGGUGAUUUUGCCCGCACGGGCCUACUGUAUAUCAUCGAGGCCGCAUCCUCUUCUGUCGCCCUCGAGCAGUGGAUAGUGGAGAGCGAUCUCUCGACGCUGAUGGCUACGGGGCUUGGUGCUUUGUAUAGUCAACUUAGCCGUAAGCUCGUUAUCGACCACCCCCCCGAGAACCUGCCGCCUAUCCUCGCUCUCUCCGACUACGAACACCCGACAUCUACCUUCGAAAUUGUGAGCUCCUGCAGCCCGGAUUUUCAGCUUCACCUCGAGACCUUCCUCUCCCAUCUUCUAUUCUGGCAGGAUGUCCUAAAUCAUUGUCGAUCUGUGGAAGUUCGAUCCACUUUGCUCGAGCAUUUCCAGGUCAUCUUUUUGCAGCAGCUACUAUAUCCCUCUCUCCUAGAAUCCUCUGAUGUUGAUGGAGGCUCAUCCGUGGCCGUUUUAACUUACCUGCGGCGCAUACUCGAAGCCCUGGACCAUCCAGACAUGAUAAAUCUCAUCCUCCACUAUCUUCUAGCCCUCCCCGACGCCCAGUCGUCAGGCCCCUCCGAAACCCAGCCGUCCGUCAGCGCGGCGAGGAAACGGAAGUCCAUGGACCUAGCCACAAUGAUGGCUUCCAAAGCCAAUACCAGCUAUACGCCUUUGCUUUUUAACCUAGUGGAUCUAAUUCACUCGUGCCUUCAAUCCCGUAACCAGCAGACCGUCUGCGUGACCCUGCAGCUUUUGGCAGCAAUCCUGAAACGGCAUCACCGAUACGCUAUCGCAACCCUACUUCACACCGAAACCAUCGAUACGAACUCCUCGCGUAGGACUGUAGGUGCUCACCAACAGGAGGUCGAGUUUCUCACGACGCUAGCUGGAUCUGUUGGCGGCCAAGAUAACUUCGAUGAGGUGUACGACAACAUCCUCAAAGACAGUAUGGCGCGGGCGGAAGGUCAUCCGUGCUCCCUUAAGCUCGUCGCACCAAGGCUAUCUACGAACAAUCACAAGUUGCCGGAAAUUCCCGAUAGCUUGCCUGGGGCACCGCAAGACGUUCCACCGCACACACUCAGCGGCGAGGAUCCCCUCUUCAAUAGCAUAUUGGACCUCCUUGAGUCGUUCUUCGUCAACCCGGUGGAGAUGAAUCUCUCGGCCACGGAGACGAUCAUUGAUUUGGCAGUUUGCGGGUAUAUAUCCGUGGAGGGAUGGCUGUUGCGGCACCCGAAAACGUAUGAGUACGAGGAAGAGCCGGCUACCGAGUCGGUGCACACGACUCUGGAUCCUAGUCUCCCUUUGUCCGAAGAGGCGGAAAAGAGAGAAACAAUUACGAGAUGCCACCGCCGCCCGAAAUGGCAGACUGAGACGCUACCUCGUGUGCUGACCGUGCUUGAAUCGCUUGCUGAUCAAGUCGAUUACUUCCGGAGCUCGGUACCAAGAUUUGAAGAUCUACUGCAGCAGCGCCGCGAAGCCUUCCAGAUCGCCGAUACGGUUGUGCCAAACCCACCGAGCAUCUUGCCGAGUUCCAAUACUGGUACUUCGAUACCCGAUUACGCAAGUCAAGGGAGCUCUCGUGCGGAGUCUCCAACACGUCCUAGUGCGCUCGAGGGCUUCGCCCAAAUGUUAUUGGAACUUGGCACUCCAACCCGGUCCGGUAGCCCGCGUGGACGAAGAGAUACGAUUCGAAGCCCGGGUACUGCUUCGAUGACACCUACUCCCAAGCCGCCCAUCCCCCCUAAAGAGUUUCCUCUGAAUCUCGACGAUCCGGGUAAGAGCGGGCAAGGUCGGCCGUUCUCGUCGGUGGGUUACCGAGACGGGUUUGGUGUGGCUAGAGAUGGCCCCGUACUGAGCCAGUUUACCGCAUUCGCAGCCGUAGACCAAGGGAUACUCGCGCAACAAGUCAACCUACCAGUACCAAGAACGGAGCCGGUCUCGUUAAAUUUUGGCUCCAAGUUAACCAGCCUAACCGACUCGGCCGGGGACGAUCCGAGUGACCAGGGUGGCGGGAGAAAAGAUCUCAUGGAGGCAGAUAAUAACGAAGAGGAAAGCGAACUUGGAGAGAAUGCCAUGGCCGCGACCCCACCCGAAACGAGGUCCGCGUCGGUCUCGCACAUCCUCACCAACGUUCUCAUCUACCAGCAUUUCUUACUGGAAUUGGCGAGCCUCGUGCAAGUUAGAGCGGGGUUGUUUGACGAAGUCAGAUUUGCCUAGAAGAGGUUUGCCCCUUUUCGCGGCGGUAAAGGAGAGGAGCGGAGAGGAGAAACAAGUUCAAGGGAGGAAGAUGGCGAAAGGGGGACUAUACAUACCCGCCACAGGUGAUGGCGACUUCUCGAUUACUUAUUCGAAAAGCAUGAAGGAUACCACAUUUAUCGGCGCUGGAGGUUGUGUCUCCUUGGACUCGGGGAGUAAGUGGGAGGACUGGCAUGCCAUGAUUUACCUAUCACGGGUUC